UCGAGCCCUAAGUUUUCGCCUGACGACACCCAAAUCUUCGCCACGGCGACGGCCUCGACGACGUUGCUUCUCUCCGUCAAAAGCCUUCUUUUUUUCCCCUCCCCACUUGUCGUUGUAUCCCUCUACUUCUCUUGCUUCCUCCUUCUCCAUUGAUCCGAAGGGAGAUUACUUCUCCCAACCCACCGGGCUUCCACCGCCACCAGAUCUUGAGGUCUACGUGAAGGAACAGAAUCCGUGGAGGGAUCGGCACGCGGUGUGGCAGGGCUCCUCGGCCAUUUUCUCUCCUGGUUACGGUAUUUGUCUCUGCCAUGUCUGUGAGCUCAUCAUCUGAGGAGCCCUAGUGGGAAGUUGUAUCAGGGGGAUUUUGUUGGGCAAUGGGGAAUCUUUUUUUUUAUAGGUUUUUACCUAAGAAAAAUGUGAGAACUUGUGGAGAAACAAAUUAAAGACCGCAAUUCUUACCAAUCAUGAACACUACAAGGAUAGGAUGAAAAUUAACAAAUGUAGCGUGGUCAGGUACUAAGAAUUCUCCUGCCGCUGGUCUAUGUUAACUGAAACAUAGUUAGUACUAACUCUAAGCGUGAAUUAUUCGGUGACAAUUUUGGUUCUUUUCUAGUGUAUUUAAGAUAUUGGGCCUCUCAAAUCUGAAAAGAAUAAAUGGUUUAGCUGGCAUACUAUAUCUAAGUAUUUUCUUUAAUUUUGAUUUUGUAUACGAGACUAUCAAAAUUAAUUUUGCCUAUGGGCAUGAAAUCCAGAGUCCAGUUUACCUAUUUUAUCUUUUCUCUGAAGUCUUCUUGAUUGUAAGUGGUUAACAUGGAGGACAACCAGAUAGCUUCUUUGAUGGAUCACAACGGAACUCUCGACCCUGCAUGUGACACUCAAGAAUGCCCUGUGAAGCAGAGAUGUCAGGAACAGAGGGAAGCACUUCCAAGGGAGCCUCAUUGUGUCAUUUGUGGUCGUUAUGGUGAGUAUAUAUGUGAUCAGACAGAUGAAGACAUUUGCAGCAUAGAGUGUAAAACAAUCCUCUUGGCAAGACAUGAAAAGACUAAAAAUCCAAGAUUGAAUCCUGCUCCUCUAGUGAAAAUUCCUACAAAUGAUGAGUGUUUUUAUGUUAAGGGCAAUAAUAAAACUGACUUAGGAGGUUUAACAUCGAUUCAGAUUGAAUCCUUGAGAAGCAAAAUUGAACUUUGCAUCAAAGGAACUUCCGUUCCUGCUCCGGUGUUAUCCUUUUCUUCUUGUUAUCUUCCGGAAAAGCUUGAGAAAAAUCUUGAAAGUGCUGGCUAUGUGAUACCAACUCCAGUACAGAUGCAAGCCAUACCUGCAGCAUUAGAAAGGAGAAAUUUGCUUGUUUCUGCUGACACUGGAUCUGGAAAAACAGCUUCAUUUCUGGUUCCUGUAAUUUCUUAUUGUUCAAGCAUCCGGUUGCGGCAUGUCACUGGGCAGAAAAAUCCAUUGGCUGUGGUUCUAUCUCCCACCAGAGAGCUGUGCAUUCAGGUGGAAGAGCAAGCCAAGUUACUUGGGAAAGGUUUGCCUUUUAAAACUGCUCUUGUGGUUGGUGGAGACCCAUUGGCUGGGCAAAUCUAUCGGAUCCAAAAUGGUGUUGAAUUAAUUGUUGCCACCCCUGGAAGGUUGAUAGAUCUUCUAACUAAGCAUGACAUUGAGCUCAGUGAGGUAUCCAUUCUGGUCGUAGAUGAGGUGGACUGCAUGCUGCAGAACGGAUUUCGAGAUCAAGUGAUGCGAAUAUUUCAAGCCCUUUCCCAACCCCAAGCAUUGAUGUUCUCGGCGACUGUUUCUAAAGAGGUUGAGAGAAUGGCUAGCUCAAUGGCUGAUGACUUGAUAUUUAUCUCUGUUGGCAAGCCAAACAGGCCCAGCAACUCAGUAAAACACAUUGUCAUUUGGGUUGAAUCAAAGAAGAAGAAGCAGAAGCUUUUUGAGAUAUUAAUGAGCAAACAACAUUAUAAUCCACCUGUUGUUGUGUUUGUGGGUUCGAGACUAGGAGCUGAUGUUUUGUCGGAGGCAAUUUUUACUGCAACUGGAAUUAAGGCCCUUUCAAUUCAUGGUGAGAAGACGAUGAAGGAUAGAAGAGAAAUCCUUCGGCAGUUUCUGACAGGAGAGAUUUCGAUUAUUGUCUCAACUGGAGUUUUGGGACGAGGAAUCGACCUGUUGAAAGUACAACAGGUAAUUAUUUUUGACAUGCCAAAUUCAAUGGAGGAAUUUAUUCAUCAAGUGGGAAGGGCAUCAAGAAUGGGAGAGGAAGGUACAGCAAUUACCUUUGUGAAUGACGAGGACAAAAAGUUAUUCAGGGAACUUGUUCAAAACCUGAAAUCUGUUGGAGCUGCUAUUCCAAAGGAACUUGCUAAUUCAAAGUAUUUGAGUGCCUAUGGAUUUAGCCAACCAAGGAAGCGGCGGAAAUAUGGUUCUUAAAUAUUCUUUUUCACGAAAGUUUGAGGAGACAACCUCUUACAGAUCCAAGGAAUCUUUGAAAAUUGCUGCAUUGCUGGUAAUGAACAUAAUGGUGCUGAUAACAGCUGUGGAUCCAAAGCGCGCGAUGAAGGAGAAGUUUUUGUGUGAUGGAUCUAGCUUUCCAUACCUGCGAUGAUCCUUGCCAUGCUACCUUCGGCUCUAGUUUUUUUCCUCCUGCUCACUCAGGCGUGAUUUGGUGGAUUUCCAGCGUACAAGGAGUUGGGGGGAUGGGAGGCCAUCUACAUGAUGGUCAGCAUCAUCAUCUGGUAGAAAAGGUUCAGUUACCUGCAACAACUUCGACGAGGAACCAAAAUUAUACAGGACCCUGGAAAGCUAACGAGGAUAGGAAUAAAACUAGAGCAUUCAUUUUCAUGAAAUUGAAUUUCUUGGAUAAUAUAAAGUGUGCGAUCUCUUAAUACUUAUUUCUUAUUUUGUAUAGACAGAUUGAUCAAAUUAAGCGUACGUGCAAAUUAAAUA